GCGGAAACGGAGAACUUGUGAAGUUGUUGUGUUUGUUUUGGUGCACGCAUUCUGCUGAAGUCAAAUCUGUGACAACGGUGGGGUAAAACGACUCGUCGUUUGUGAAUCAUGGAAUCGUCCACGAGAGGAAGGGCCAAACGCAGGCACUUGGGGCCCUCAGAAUGUAGUGAUCUGCUGCAAAGCAACCCAGGGAACCAGUCUCUCACACAGCCUUUUAAUGCUAACCUCAGCAACACGGAUCCAAACCGAGGACUUCAGCCCAGGACACCCACCAAAAGAAGUAGACAAGCUUCAGGUGGUGUGGGACAACAGAAAGGCAUCACCGAUUUCUUCUCUGUCACUGGAGUCAUAAGCACCAGCCCCCAAAAAGGAACCAAAACUCCAGUGAAGGAGGAGAACGAAGAACAGGAACCGAUCGGGCAUCUUAUCCCAAAAGAAGAAAAUGUAGAAGAGGAUAAGAUGGAGGACUAUAUGGAAGGAAUCACUGAGGAUAUGUUCGACGAAGACUUUGAGGUUGGAACUACGUCUGUUAAAAAAAAAGAAGAAGAAUUGUUGGAAGUUACGGUGAGAAAACAGGAGGAUGAGGAGGACCUGGUCGAAGCCCUCCCUGAUGCCCACUACGGGCUGCUGGGAGUGCAGGAAGGCCAGGAGGUGCCCAAGGGCCAUGUCCAGGAUCUGCCUGAGGAGGUCCUGAGGGAAGUGUUCGCACACCUCCCAGCAGAUGAUCUCUAUCGAAACAUCAGCCUGGUGUGCCAUCCCUGGAGGGCCGUCGUCAUGGACCCCCAGUUUCUACCUUGGAAGAAGUUGUACUGCAGAUACCGUAAGCGGCAAAAUGAGGCACUGAAGGAGGUGAAGUCUAUCCUGGAUGAUAAUCAAAUUAACAAAAAGGAUGACCUGUGUCUUCUCAAUAUGGUGAGGUACAUGUCUCAGUUCAAACACAGCAAAAGGGUGAAUGUGAAGGACGUGUUGGCGUGUGUGAAAGGACAUCAGCUCUACGCUCAUGCUGAAGCCUGCAUCAAAGACAGAAUGCCAGACAUGGUGGAUGAUGAGGGUCCAAACCCUUGGUCUGCCAUGGCCCUGAUGUUGAUUUUGGCUGACGAAGUGAAAGAUGUCUUGGACCUGGUAGCUCUGUUGCGGAAGUCUGGGUGUCUGCUGACAGCAGGAGGAAUCUCGGAGUACCUGUGGGCUGUGGCUACUUUGCUCCUGGCCAUGAGAAAGAAUAAUAUUAACAUAAGCAACAGGUGGCAUUACAAUAUCUUCUAUGUGCUGCACUUAAUGGAGAACGCUCCUCCUCCUGCGGGCUUGCAAGACAACAGGCAGCAAAUCACUCACGAGCAACAGCAGAUACUCAACCACGACAUCCAGAAUCAUCACGUUGUUAAAAUAAUGGCUUUUGCAGGCACUGGAAAGACGACCACACUCGUGAAGUAUGCUCAGCAAAGGUCACAUAUGCGCUUCCUCUACCUGGCCUUCAACAAAUCUGUGGCAAUGCAAGCUCAGCGCUCAUUUCCACACAACGUUGAAUGCAGUACCGUCCAUUCAAUGGCCUUCAGAGCUGUGGGAGUGAGGUAUAAAAACAUGAGGAAACUGUCCAAUAAUUUGCAAGUGUUUGAUGUGGCGUGGAUCUUGCCUAAAGGACACGGGGGAUUCGUCAAUGCUAAAGUGGUGACGCAAACCUUCCACAAUUUCUGCGCAUCCGUAGACCAGCACGUUGGUCCACAACAUGUUCCAUAUAAGUACAAGAACACGCACGGACAGCCAGAAUACCCAGACGACCACCAAAAAAUGACAUUUGCUGGUCUCGCACAAAAGUUAUGGGACCAAAUGGUAGAGCUGAAGUCCAGAAAAGAGAGAGUGUACAACAUGACCCAUGAUGGAUACCUCAAACUCUGGCAGCUGUCGAGACCACAGCUAGACCGAUAUGAUGCCAUAUUUAUUGACGAAGCUCAAGACUGCACACCAGUCAUUAUGGGCAUUAUGCUCUCUCAGAACUGUGGGAAAAUCCUGGUUGGAGAUCCGCAUCAACAGAUUUACACUUUCAGAGGAGCGGUUAAUGCUUUGCGUGCUGUUGCUCACACACACAUCUACUAUCUCACACAGAGCUUCAGGUUUGGAUCAGAAAUUGCAUACGUUGGUGCUGCAGUAUUGGACAGUUGUAAAAAAGUGAAGCAGAUAUUGGUUGGUGGGCAUCAGGAUGGGAGUGUACGAGGGGAGGACACACAAACACUGCAACAACUGAAGCUGGGACAGAGGCUGCCAGAAGGGAGCGUGGCCAUUCUGAGCCGCUGUAAUGUCACUGUUUUCAGCGAGGCUGUCCGACUCACAGACGUCAACCCCAACUGCAAGAUCUACAUUGUGGGAGGUGUUGAGAACUUUGGACUGGACAAAAUUAUGGAUCUCUGGGUCCUGAUGCAGCCAGAGGACAAACGCAAGAAUGAGAGCCUUGCGAUCAAGGAUUACUUCAUCCGAAGUUUCUGCAAAGAUAAGAUGGGCGGAUUCAGAGGUCUGAAGGGAUACGCCAUGGCCUCGGAAGACCGAGAGCUGGAGGCCAAGCUAGCCGUGGUGGAAAAAUACAACAAACGCAUUCCAGAGCUGGUCAAACGGAUCUAUGAUCGUGCCCAGAAAAGCGCAGUGUGCGCAGAUUUUAUCCUUGGUACGGUGCAUAAGGCAAAAGGCCUGGAGUUUGACACAGUGGUUGUGACGGAUGACUUUAUGAAAGUACCGUGUGCACGACACAACCUGCAGAGUGUGGGCGGUUUCAAUGCAGCGAACGUCCCAGAUGACGAGUGGAACCUGUUAUACGUGGCGAUCACACGAGCCAAAAGAUUGCUGUACAUCACCAGGACCAUCAGCAACAUCCUCACAUUCACUGGGGAGUACUUCCUGCGGUCAGAGCUGACCAGCACUUUGCUGAGUAAAGACCCAUCUCUCAUCUGCUCCAUUGAAGGCUGUGAGAACCACAUCACCACAGACUCCGUCCUCAGCAUGAGCAAAAUCCCCGUCAAAUAUAUGGACAGCAUGGACGCGGGCGGCGUUCUGUGUUUGACCUGUGUGGAGCAGCGUGUGGGACCUACAGCCUUCCUGCUCUCUCCACCUGAACGGGUCAGAUCCAUGACCUAUACCAAUGAAAGGAUAGAGCUGCCCAUCAAUGUUGCCAUGCUGUUAUCUUUACUUUAAACACCACAUUUAAGUGGCCUUUUGCCUUUGUGUCUUUUGGGGUGAUUUUGCAAAGUUCACAUUUGUGGAUAACUCAAAUCUCCACUGGAUUUUUAAUUAUUUUUUUCAGUUACAUUUAUUUUUAAGUAUGUUCCGUAACUAUUUUAAUACUCCUAAAAAAAAAAAAAUCCCAUCACCAAAGUGUUUUUUCCCCUGUUACUUCAUUUGACUGGUUCUCCCACAUUGUGACUUGCCCCAUUUGGAAAACACUGAACAUUGGCAUCACUGUUUUUAGGUGGAGAAUAAGCAGCGUGUCUUUUUCCGGGUUUUUCUGGCAGCUUUAGAAGGGCCUGUUCAAGCCUUCGAUAACUACAGUAUUACAGCUGUUGUGAACGACACAAUAGUUGAGGAACACUAAUGUAUAAUAUUGUGUUUAGGACCACAGUUGUAACAUCAGUGACGUGUGGGAAGACUGAUAACCAUUCCUACAUAUAGUUUUACAUAAAGACAAAGUGUGUAAUUAGACUAACUUAAGUUUUGCACUGUAUAGUAUAUAUUCAUGGUCUAAUUUUAUUUUUUUUCCAAAGGUUUUUUUUUUAUGUUUAACUCUUUGAACAAGCAUGAUCAUAAUUUAUGUAACCUUUAAUUUUGUACCAUUUAAAAAAUAAAAAAAAAGUCACAUUUUUUUAAACAAUUUUUUGUUUCAGCAGACAUUUUCUGCAAGACAGGUGACUUGUAUGCCAUUCUUUGAGAAUUUGUAAUCAUAUGUGUGUAUAUAUAUGUUGCGCAGACAAGUAAAUCUUGGUCAGAUCUGGUG